AUGAAUAAUAUUAGAAACUAUCAAAGCUAUAAAUGGAAUGAAGCACUUGACUCACCACAUGUCUUGGCUGGCAACGGUUACUUUGACCUACUAAAGAAAUGUAUAAAUCGAAAGAGCAAUGGAAUCAUUGAGAGUUUCGAUAUGCGGCUAUUGAACUGUGCAAUCAGAGGUGGCAGUGUAGAGAUGUUCAGCUACCUGUUCGACCUGCAGCAACUUGAGCGAAGAAUCGAGAUAAAAUCACCACAAUACUUCCCGAAUGAACUCUUGGCAAAUGCAUCGCAAUGCGGUCGACUAGAUAUCGUGCAAUUCCUGCUCGAUAGAAUCACAGAGUACCUGUGGGAUUUCAACUAUGCUCUGGCGCAGGCACCGUUCUCCGGUGACUUGUCUGUAUUGAAAUUCUUUUCCGAUCCAAAGUACGCGCGUUUCUAUCAACCGAGAACAAACUAUGGUGAAGUAUUUAAUAGCGCUGCACGUAGUGGCAACAUCGCAAUGAUAGAAUGGUUGGUGGAAAACCGAUCGCAAGGAUUGGAAAAAUCCAAUAUGCUCUUGGCAGCAAUCAGUGGAAAACAACUCGAAACUAUCGAAUACCUCUUGAGGAAUCAUCAUUCUUUGUUCGAUAAGAAAUCUCCAGAGUAUCUGAGAGUUGUCACUCACGAACAUAAUAGCUCCAUUGAAACAUUCAAGUUGUUUUAUGACCAAGGAUUUGCAUGUUCAGACACAGUAUUUCGUAAUGCAACCAUCUCUGGAAAUCUCCCUCUACUAAAAUGGUUACACUCCAAUACAACCUAUAAAUGCACUGAUUCGAUGUAUCUUGCUUCAGAUUAUAAUUACUUUGAUAUACUAAAGUGGCUGAAUGAGAAUAGAAGUGGUGAAGGUUGUAGUUACAAUGAGAUGGAUGUCGCUGCUACCAAUGGAAACUUGGAAAUCGUUCGAUUUUUGCAUCAAAAUAGAAGUGAAGGAUGUAGUUACAAUGCUUUUGAUGGUGCAGCUGAAAACGGUCACCUACAUGUGGUGCAAUGGUUGUACGCCAAUAGAACGAACGAAGGUUUCUCAGUGGGAACAAUCGACCAGGUUGCAAUGAAAGGACAUCACCAGGUUGUCGAGUGGCUCGAGUUGAACACCACCCAGCGAUGUAGUAGAGAUAUUCUAGAGUAUGUCGUCGAGGAAGGACAUCUUGGAAUGCUCAUUUACUGCCAUGAGAGAAAUGGUGAUAACAAUCACUAUCGAUUCUCCGAGGACACGAUGGAUGUUGCUAUCUCAAGAGGUCACUUACAUAUGGCAAAAUGGUUGCACGCAAACCGAACCGAAGGUUGUACACCAGCCGCUUUUCUCAACGCAAUUCGCAGUGAUACCGACCGGACCGAUAUCAUUGAAUGGAUAUUUGAAAAUCGAACCGAAUACAGCUUGGAAUUGGUAGACCUCGAUGACAGUGUACAAUUCGUUCUUUGUAGAAACAAUCAUAGAAUAUUGACUUGGCUAUUAGAAAGAGUAUCAUAUACUGCAGAAAAUCUUAGAGAUUACAUUAAUAUAAUGGAUUCCUACUAUCCGACUUUCAUUGAAUCAAUCGAUGUAUUAAAUCACUAUCUACAAAAGUGCGAACUAUCUAAACAAAUCAAAAUACAUGAAAUUACUUUAGAUUAG